AUGCAUAUAAGAGACUUAACUGGAAACAGUAGUCAUGUUUUUGUCAUAGUUAAUGCAAAGUGCUACUUAGAAAGGAUUGAAUCUCUAUUGCUUCAGAACCUAAAGCCAGCUCAGAUCACAGACCUGAGUUCAUGCCUGAUACUAAGAAUGAACAAAACACUACUGAGGUUCCAAAGACGUGUAACUUUGGACCCAGACACAGCUCAUCCUUCCCUUGUCUUAUCUGAGGACCCGAGAAGCAUGCGAUUUGGAGGUAUUCCACAGAGUGUGCCUGACAAGCCAGGGAGACUUGACUUCAGUGCUUCCGUGCUGGGUGCCGAGAGCUUCAACUCAGGGAGGCAUUAUUGGGAGGUGGCUGUGGGACAGGCCACACAGUGGCAGUUGGGCAUAUGUGACUGGACAGAGAGAAAGGACAGCAUACCCCAGGCUUCCGGAAAUAAGUUCUUGCUCAUGGGGUCCAUGAUGGGGGCCGAUUACACCUUCUGGAUCUUUCCCCCUUUAAGAAAGGUCUGUCUGGGAAAGCAAAUGUUCAAAGUUGGAGUCUUCCUUGACUGUGGUUGUGGGCAGGUAUCAUUCUACAAUGUGACAGAGCAGUCUUUCAUUUAUAGUUUCUCUGACCUUACCUUCCAAGGAGCAGUUACACCUAUAUUUUCUCUUGGUGUUCCAAGUGGAGGUGUGAGUUCAGACUCUCUUACUGUCUGUCUCAGAUCCAUUCCUGAAAUGCUGCUGUUGGCUCUUCAUCUUCCUGUGUGUGAAACCCCAGAUCACAAAGAGACCAGGAAAUAA